AUGGAUUCCCUCAGCGUUCCUAGGAAGCUCUGGGAGCACCCGGACCCCAAAAGCACGGAAAUGUACAGACUGAUGCAAGAAAUAAAUGCAAAACACAACCUGCAAUUGGAUACAUUCUGGGAUUUGUACCAAUACUCCACCACAAAACGAGCUCAGUUCUGGGACCAAGCAUUCCAGUUCCUUGAUUUAAUCUAUAGCGGGACGUAUACGACAGUUGUAGACGAGUCUGCGCGCAUCGACUCGAUACCAAGGUGGUUUGAUGGCGUAAAAAUGAACUUUGCGGAGAAUUUACUGUACUCACGGAUCCCUGGUGAGUCGGCGAGUACGCGGGGAUUGAUUGGGAAGGAGGACGGGAAGAUUGCUUUGACGGAGGUGAGAGAAGGGUAUACUGAAGUUAAACAUGUUACUUGGGAGCAAUUGAGGAAGGAGGUUGGUGUUCUGGCUAGUGCUAUGAAGGAGCAUGGCGUUAAGAAGGGAGAUAGAGUUGUGGUCGUUGCGAGUAAUUCGGUGGAUACAUUAAAGGUCUUCCUUGCUGUUACAACACUCGGCGGGCUUUCCAGUAGCAGUUCUACGGAUAUGGGGGUGCAAGGUGUAUUACAACGAGCUCUGCAAGUUACGCCAAAGUACAUCUUCAUGGACGACUUUGCGAUUUAUAACGGAAAGGAAGUAGAUCUCCGAGGCAAAAUGGCAGAAAUAUCCAAGGGCAUGAAAGACGAUAAGGAGUUCGAGGGAAUGAUUUCAAUGCCUCGAUUUUCACAGCCCGCCGAUGUCAGCCGUGUCCCGAAAACACAGACUCUUGCAACCUUCGUCUCAAAAGCAACACCCCAGAUUCCCGAAUUUGAGCAAACGGCAUUCCAUGAUCCUUUCUUCAUCGCAUAUUCCUCAGGCACAACAGGAACACCGAAAUGCAUUGUCCACUCCAUCGGCGGUGCCAUCCUGUCAUCAGCCAAAGAAGGGAAACUGCACGGAGAGAUGAAUGCUGACAGCGUGGCACUCCAAUACACGACAACAGGGUGGAUCAUGUACUUUUCCUCCGUUAUGAACUUACUUGGGGGUGCUCGUGUGGUUCUGUAUGACGGCAGUCCCUUCCAACCCGACCUCAAAACCUUUAUCCGCAUGGUUGGGGAGCAGAAAGUCACGAAAUUAGGUACGAGUCCAAGAUGGAUGCAUGAGAUGCAGAAGAACGGCAUCGUGCCCAAGGAUGUCGUUGAUUUAAGUAGUUUGAAGAUCGUGACAAGCACGGGGAUGGUGUUGAGUGAUCAGCUUUUUGAAUGGUUUUAUGAUGUGGGCUUUCCGAGAAGUGUGCAAUUAGCUAAUAUUUCUGGAGGAACGGAUUUGGCUGGCUGUUUUGGACAGGAAAAUCCCCUGUCACCAGUCUAUGUUGGCGGGACUCAAGGCCCUAGUCUCGGCACGCCUGUUUCGGUGUACGACUCUCUAGUUGAGGGUGGGAAAGGAACACCCGGGGCACCAGUCGAGCACGGCACACCAGGUGAACUUGUUGCACCAGCCGCAUUCCCCAACAUGCCCGUCUACUUCUGGAACGACGACUCUGGAUCCAGGUACUUCGCCGCAUACUUCGAGAAAUAUGAUAACGUCUGGACUCACGGGGAUUUCGUUAUGAUUCAUCCUGUGACGAAGACAUUGGUCUUCCUGGGUAGAGCGGAUGGUGUGUUGAAUCCCUCCGGUGUGAGAUUUGGGAGUGCGGAAAUUUAUUCGGUGAUCGAAGGGGUCUUUCCACAGGUUUCGGACUCGAUUUGCGUGGGUCAGAGAAGACCGGGUGAUAGUGAUGAGACGGUGAUGUUGUUUUUGUUGAUGAAGCCUGGAGAGAAAUUUCAUACCAAAUUGGUAAAUGAUAUCAAGGCUGCGAUACGAAAGGAGUUGAGUGCCCGGCAUGUGCCGAAAUAUGUGUUUGAGACCCCAGAGAUACCAACAACGGUGAACUUGAAGAAAGUCGAACUACCCGUGAAGCAGAUUGUUUCUGGGAAAACCAUCAAGCCGAGUGGAACUUUGCUAAAUCCGAACUCGCUGGACUAUUAUUAUCAGUUUGCUAAGGUUGAAGAGUUGGUGGAACCAAAGAGUAAAUUAUAAAGAACUAGAGUGUACACCCAGACUAUCUCAGA